AUGGCCAAUAUCGCAAUUAUCAUCUAUUCCAUGUACCACCAUGUGGCCACCUUGGCUGAAGCUGUCAAGGAAGGUAUCGAAUCCACCGGCAAUAAUGCAACCAUUUAUCAGGUCAAGGAGACUUUGCCUGAAGAGGUGUUACAGAAAAUGUAUGCUCCAGCAAAGCCAGACUACCCAAUUGCCACAAUUGAAGACUUGACCGAGGCAGAUGGUAUUCUUUUUGGUGUGCCAACCAGAUUUGGCGCCUUCCCCUCACAAUUGAAGGAGUUCAUCGACUCUAUGGGCGGAGUGUGGUCCAGCGGUGCCCUCUAUCACAAGCCGUCAGGUGUAUUCACAUCAACAGGUACAGGCGGUGGCCAAGAGACUACCAUUGUCUCGCUCUUGUCCACUUUUGCACAUCACGGCAUGCUCUAUGUUCCUCUUGGUUACAAGGAGACCAUGGAAGAUCUGAGAAACGUUGAAGAUGUCAACGGCGGGUCUGCAUGGGGGGCUGCUACUAUUGCCAAUAGCGAUGGGUCCAGACAACCUAGUGAGCUUGAACUAAAGGUUGCCAGAGCGCAAGGCUCGGAGUUUGGUAGAGCCGUUCACAAACUCACAAGAACAAAAGACGUUGGCAGAGCCAGCUCGAGUACCGCUGACGGAAACCCCGUUGAUGGGGGUCAAGUUGUGGAUCCAAUUGGCGCCAAGAAUCAAACUUUAAAUCAGCCUUUGAAGCAGACUUCCAAACCCGUUGCUGUAUCGGUCGGUAAUUCCACCAAGGAACCAGAGAAAAGGGGAAAGAAGAAGAACUUCUUGAAACGGUUCCUUGCCAAGAUUUUUGACUGA